CGAUAUGCCUUAUAGCGGAAUUCAAAUGCCAUUUCUUAAGACUUUCCGAGAAUUGUUUGGAAUCUGAGUUCUAACCGUCGCAUAUCAAAAAUUCACCGGUACCGGUAGCCAGCUCAUUGCGUGUACGCAAUUGUUUACACCGUUUCAAAAACAAGAUCUGCACAGGCCAGACGUUUUCGUGGCUCGACAUUUCAGCCUUGACCUUGGUUGUUAUUCUGUACUACAUGCAGUACUGACGGUUUCAUAUGGUUUUGUUACUGUUGUAAAACAGAUUUAUUUUGUAAACGAGCAUUCGCCGCAAGUCGACCAUUAUUACUGAUCAUUACGCAACGAUGCUGGAAUUUUUAUCCUUUUCGACCCUCAGCCUAGCUGUGGCCGGGAUUUCAGGACUAUUGGCAUGUGUCUUGACCGGGAUGAUGGUUCACAGACGACAGGUGUCUGUAAAGGGAAAAUCCAAACUGCCGCCUGGACCAUUCAGUUUACCAAUUAUUGGAGACUUAUACAUGAUGGAAGCGGCAUUCCAUCUGAGUUUACAAAAAAUGUGGCAACAAUAUGGAGAUAUCUAUAGGUGUUAUUUUGGACCCUUUUUAACCGUUGUCGUAAAUGAUGUGCCCGGAAUAAAGGCUUUGCUAGCAGACGAAAGAACUUCCGAUCGACCAGAUCUGUUUUUAUUUCGGGCGACCGAUAACAACAAAGGAUUGGGUUUAUCCAAUGGCCAUGUCUGGCGGACACAGCGUCGUUUCGCAUUGAGUACGCUGCGCGAUCUGGGCAUGGGAAAGACCUUUCUCCAGGACACUAUAUUAGAUCAAGUAACCGAAGUGCUGAAGAUAUUCUCGGAUACCAACGGCAAACCCUUCAAUCCGAAAAUUCUCUUUGGCCAGAGCCUGGCCAACGUCAUCUGCAGUGUGACCUUUGGUCAACGUUUCGAGCAUAACGACAAACAUUUUCUCCGGUUGAUGGAAUUGUUUGCCGAGAACAAUAUCCUCGCCGGCUUCAAUCGACCAUUGCAAAUCUUUCCCAUACUGAGAUUAAUACCGUUUUCUAAAUUUCGGAGAGACUAUUUAGCGCUGAUGAGAAAUAUCAAUGAAUUGCAUGAGUUUAUUGGAGUACUGAUAAAAAAACAUGGGAUUAAGGAGACAUCGGAUGGUGUCAGGGAUUAUGUAACGGCGUUUCUGCAGACGCAGGAGUUGGAGAAGAACAAUCCAAACAGCACAUUCGACGACGAGCAACUGGUUAUUUCGGUACGAACUCUAUUUGGAGCCGGCACGGAUACCACAGCCGGGACACUGUGCUGGUGUCUGCUAUAUAUGAUCGAGCACCCGGAAGUUCAGCGUAAAGUUCAAGAAGAAAUUGACCAACUUUUGGGAAACAGCCAGCUAGUCACAAUGGAGCACAAAGUUAAUCUCCCAUACACGGAAGCGACAAUUAUGGAAGUGCAACGAAAUUCCCCGGCUGUCCCGGCAACAGGUCGUGGGGUCACCGACGACAUUAUCCACGAUGGCUAUCUCAUCCCCAAAGGCUCCCAUAUCGCCGUCAACAUGUACGGUGUCCAUCAUGAUGCGCGGUAUUUCCCCCAACCGGAAACUUUCCGACCCGAGCGUUUCAUUGAUGAGAAAGGACGAAUAUUUCGCCCAGAUGCGUUUAUGCCUUUUGCCUCAGGAAAACGAAUGUGCCUAGGGGAAUCUUUGGCCAGAAUGGAAUUGUUUUUGUUUUUCUCUAAUAUCCUCAAACAUUUUGACGUGAGGGCGGCUCCAGACUGCCACAUUUCCCCCAAUGAUGUCAUUUUUGGGCAGGUCAACGUGCCGGGAAGAUUCGAGUUGGCCAUUACGCCGAGAAGACUAUGAAUGCAUUUCACGUAUGGUUCUACCGGAAAAACCAUCAUGUUUUUUGGUUCCUGCUCGGUACUAAGUACCAAGUUGUUUUUCUUUGAGGUGUCUUAUAAAUAUUUUAAGAGUUAAAAAGCGUUCCUUUUCUACCUGAGUUCGCUUUUUGAAAGCACGCUUUUAGUUAAACAAAAAAUAUCUGACCUGCGAAAUGGUUUUCAUUAUAAUGCCGUUUCGCGACGCCCCAGUUGUCCAGCUGUUUAAUUCCACAUCUAAUAAUCUAAUAAAACUCUGCAACAUUUCAUUUCCUAACCAACUGUCAAACAAAAUAAAAAGAAUC